UCGAAAUGAGUGAUAUUUCUGUUUAAAAUUUGUUUUCCUUAUCAUUUUUAUCACAAUGGCCAGUAAAUCUAUUAAACAUAUAUCACCAUUGAUAUAUUUGGUAGCUUCAAUUCCAAUAUUCAAUAAACUUUAUGACACCACAAAGUCUGUUAUUGACGAAGAGUUCCAUCUUCGCCAGGGACUCCACUAUUGUAACAAACGCUUUUCUGAGUGGGAUCCUAAAAUAACAACAUUUCCUGGGUUGUACAUCGCCUCCAUCAUUGUCAUUCCAUUCGAUAUGUGCAAUGUCUAUGGUUUGCGUUUGGUGUCAUUGCUAGCGUCGACUUGCAACGUGUAUCUUAUUUUUAAGAUAAGAGAACGAUUGACAACGCAACAGAAUACUAUUGUCCUAGCUCUAGAGUCAAUAUCGAUUUCUCUACUGCCUCCGUUGUAUUUUUUCAGCCAUUUGUAUUACACUGAUGUCUUGUCGAUGACAUUCUUCCUUUCCAUGUAUUAUUUUUGGAGCAAACGAUCCUAUAGUCUUUCUGCUAUGUUCGGAGCUUUGAGUGUUCUAGUGAGACAGACCAACAUUGUGUGGGUAGUGUUGUUCCUUGGUAUUUGCUUCCUAGAUGAGCUGGUCGAGAUGUAUGCCUACCGUCGAGGAAUCAAAAGAAAAUCCACAAUUUCUCUGUGUAGUCCGAAGACUUUGUUUAAUAUUGCAAGUUCGUGGGGAGUAGUCCUGCAAAGUAUCGUCAAUACUCUAAAGCACUUCUAUGGAUACAUUGUGGUUGUUGUUGUUUUCAUUGGAUUUGUGAUUGCGAAUGGUUCAAUAGUUGUUGGAGAUAAAAGUGCUCACGAAGCUACUGUUCAUAUUCCACAGCUCUUUUACUUUGCAGUUUUCACAUUGAUCUUUGGAGCACCUGUGUUGAUUGAAAAUUCAAGACAAAUUCUUCUAACACUGAAGAGAUCAUGGAAAUUGUGUGCAGCUUCUGCGAUACUAUUUGCCAUUAUUGUUGGAUUCAAUACAAUGGCGCAUCCUUACUUGCUAGCCGAUAAUCGACAUUAUACAUUUUACAUCUGGAACCGUUUCUAUGGCAAAUAUGAAUGGUUUAAAUUUAUUGUUAUACCAGUUUAUGUAGUAGGUUUGAAUGUGAUACGUUCAUCGACAGCGCAUUUAUCGAGUGGUUUUCAACUAAUGUUCUGGAUUGCAUGUUUUACAGCUCUAUGUGGCCAGAGAUUACUAGAGAUUCGUUACUUCCUUAUUCCAUUUAUGAUUUUAAGAUUGAAUUUGAGAAUUUGGAAGCGAAAAUAUAUCGUUUUUGAAUUAAUAUGGAAUUUAAUGAUUAAUUGUUUUAUGUUUGUGAUAUUUUUCAAAAAAGAAAUUUACUGGUCCAAUUAUAACGAACCUCAGCGGCUAAUAUGGUAGAAUCGAAUUAUGUAAUUUUAUGUCAAUAAACUUACUUUGUACAUAA